AAAGUCUUUUACCGCCGUUGCGCCUUGUGGUGACGUAAUAUUUGUGCGACCAAGAGGAAAGUCUGUCUUCAACCUCGCUCGCUGACAGGUUCUGAAACUGUAGGCGGGGGAUGGGGGACGUGAAGACCCCAGACUUUGAUGACUUGCUGGCAGCGUUUGAUAUCCCGGAUAUUGAUGCCAUCCAGUCAAGCCCAGAAGACGACAAUGUGCCUGCCGCUAAUAAUAAUAAUAAUAAUGAUGAUAAAGCUAAGGAUGGUCAAAGCCGCUCCCCUUCCACCUUCCCGGGAUCACCGACCUCUCGCAGUAACCCCCCUGCUGUCAGUGUUAUUGUGAUGAACACCGUGCGGGCUUGUGAAGAUGAAGAUGACGGCGAGAAAGCCAACGCCACAGACACUCCCGAGCUGGAUGACACCGAGUCACGGUACAAUGCCGAGUCUGCUGCUGGUGGUCAGCUAAGACCCAACGCGGCUCCAUGGAGAUUAAACGAAGAUGACACAGGUUGCAAUCCACAUCUGGAGUCGAGCAAAUUUCCAAUUCCUUCCUUGCCGACGCAACAGAAGGAGGAGGCGCACCGCGCUUCUCCUUUAGCACACAAUGGGAACGCUUCAAAUAAGAAUACCGCACAUUUAGAUGAGGAGGACUCGGAACCAGACUUGGGAAGCCCGCUGGUCAUCCACGAAAGCCCCGAAUUUGUCAUGCCGUCGCCUCCGAAACUGAAACACGGCGUCAGGUAUCAACCUGAGCUGUGCACCUCCCCAGAAACCACUUCAAGGACUCCCCCAAAUGCAUCUUCUGGUACCUCUGAUGAGCAGGAAGCGAAGCCUGUUGCAGCUCCACAACCUCCAAGCCAGAACUGUCUGGUUGCACCGGUGCAAGAGGAGAAAUACCCAGAGCACAUCAUCGAUGAGAGGGACUCCCCCGAGAGCCCACCACCCAGCGAGACGGGGCUUCAGCCGCACAAGAGAAGCAGCAGCCCGGAGUCGUCAACAAUGGAGAACCAUGCUGCCCCUGAUUACCAGGAGGAGCUUAUGGACUGUGAGGGCAGGUCGAGUGACACUGAGAAGACUGCAGGAGAUGAGCAAACUGUAAACGAGGAAAAUGGUGAUGUUGGCCUGCCGUCCGAGUCGUCGUCAUCAGAUGCUGCGCUGACAGCUCCGUCCCAAUUGUUGCCCCUCAAAGUUAAAAUCAAAGUGCCUCCAAAGACAACGCCUAAAAAACGUGCAAAUUCAAAGGGCGUGGAUACUUCAAAAUCUUCACCACAAGCUCCCAAUCCAAGAUCUAAGAAGGGGGUAUCUCGGGAAGGUGCAAUCAAAGAAAAAAGCACAGCAGUCCCGAAAUCUAAAGUCCCCCCCGCGGUUGUCGGCGCGGCAAAAACUGCACCUCUUCCCCCCAUGUCCGCAUCAUCAACCAUCCCGAGUGGCGGCAGCCUACGCAGCCUGGGUCGCAAGACUCUGCAGAGCCCUCCUCAGAACAGCAGCAGCAGCAGCCGACCGGCCUCCAUAGUCAGCAGCGCCGGGGCCGUCAUCUCCAAGAGCCAGACCAACCUGGUGGAAAGUUUCAACAAAAUUCUCACCAAUAAGAACCUGCUGCCGUGUUAUAAACCGGACCUGAGCUCCCCCCCUCCUGCGGAGUGGGGCCUUCCUCUGCCUGCACAGGGUUACCGCUGCUUGGAGUGCGGUGACGCCUUCGCCCUUGAGCAGAGUCUGGCCCGGCAUUACGAUCGGCGCUCGCUUCGCAUCGAGGUGACGUGCAAUCACUGCGCCAAGCGGUUAGCAUUCUUCAACAAGUGCAGCCUCCUCUUGCACGCCAGGGAGCACAAGGAGCGAGGCCUGAUCAUGCAGUGUUCCCACUUGGUCAUGAAUCCUGUGCCUGUGGAGCUGAUGAUCAGCCACAGUGAACCCAAUGGACAGUCCACUUUCCAGUCCAAGGUGCAGCCACAUCUAGCGACACCAAACAAAGCAGAUUCCCUGCAGGUCAUCGGGAAUAAAUGUCCAGAAUGUCAGACUCAGUUCAGCACUAAAGAGGAAGUGGCUCAACAUUUCCAAGAAAGCAAACAAUCUCAAAGCACGCCGUGCACGGAGUGUUCUCCUCCCAUGCUGCUGCCCAACGGCUGCAGCGCAGCAGCGCAUCAGCGCAUCCACCAAGGCGCUCCGCCGUACGUCUGCCCCGAGUGUGGCGGCACGGCCAAGCAGGCGCACUUUCAGGCACAUCUGGAUCACACUUGUUUGCACUUUGCACGACGCAUCGGUUACAGAUGUUCCAGUUGCCUGGUGGUGUUUGGAGGCUUGAACUCGGUGAAGUCCCACAUCCAGCAGGCCCACUGUGAUAUUUUCCACAAGUGCCCCAGCUGUCCCAUGGCCUUCAAAUCUGCCCCCAGCGCGCAAAGUCACAUCGCGACGCAUCACCCGACGUUAACCGAGGGCCAGGCCAUGUUGAUCUACAAGUGCGUCAUGUGUGACACCGUUUUCACUCACAAGUCCUUGCUGUGCGUCCAUUUUGAGUCACACCUAACCAACCAAAAGGUCCAUGUGUAUAAAUGUCCCGACUGCACCAAGCUGUUCUCCCAGAGGAAUUCCCUAAUGGAUCACGUCAAGAGCCACAAAGCGGCCGUAGAGUUGCCCGGUGUCUCAGCUUCUUCCAGCCCACAGCCGCCAGUCAAGCUAGAGAGCUCAGACGGUGAGGAUGACGUCGAUAAAAACGGCGAGGAGGACGGCAACGCAAAGACUCUCUCAGGGUGGAAUUGCGUUGACUGCCAGGCGCGCUUCCUUGACCGGGAACAGUACAUCCACCACAUGGCGGAACACCACAACAAGAUCUUGAAGAACUUCCCUUGUAACAAAUGUGAGAGCUCCUUCACCUCCACUUCCAGUCUGAGACGGCACAUCCGUGACAAGCACAGCCGAGGCGUCCGCUGCCAGUUCUGUACGGGCAGUAAGAAAACGUUCAGCAGCAGAGCGAUGUUGGAGAAGCACGUCCGCCUUCGACACGGCUCGGAGACGCAGAAGCAGGGACCCGCCGAAGAAGCAGACAGCUCCUCGGAACACGACGGGACGCCGCUGAGCCGCCGUGGACGCAGAGCGGCCGCUAAGAAGGAACACCAACACCACGACGAGUCCACUCCUGUGAAGAAACGCCGCUCCUCCUCCACGCCGGCCCCGUACUCUCCCCCGGAGUCCUCCGGCUUCCGCUUCGCCGCCGAAGACCAACCCGCAUUCCUGGCGCACAUCGGCCAGCAUCGAGCGACGUCGGAGGGCGGCGGCGGCAAGCAGCAGUGCGUGCAGUGCGGCGCCUGCUUCACUUCCGCCACCUCGCUCUCACGCCAUCUCUUCAUCACCCACAAAGUCCGAGACGCGUUCACUGACCAACAGGAAACGGCCAACUCAUCUGAAGUGUCGUCUCCAACGAACAGCCGGAUCCUUGAUGAGAAUCCUGCGUCUUAUCCUGCAUCGCCCCCGCCGCCGACAAACAUGGCUGCAGCGAGGGAGGAGGACGCGUCUCUGGACUGUCGGGUGUGCGGCAAACGCUUCCACAAGACCGCCGAUCUCAACACGCACUUCAGGACUCACGGGAUGGCCUUCAUCAACGCGAGAAACCCGGGAAAACCGUGACGAGGCGCCUUAUUGGUCGGUGAGUCGUGGCUUUGCUAAAUUGAAACCAAAAAUUGCACAAAUGACGUAAAGAUUAGCGAUGACGCUCAUGUUGUUUGCCUUAGCCUUGAACCUCCUGCUCAGGAUCUAAUCCACUUUCCACGCGUCCUAGUUGGUAUUGAUUCCCACCAAGUACAGGCAGGGCCAAUAUUAACGCUACUGAUGCUUUUUUUAUGGACCUUUUUCAACAUUAUUCAAUCAUUUUUGCAUUCAAUUUGUUGAUAAGAAUUACAGUAUAAUCACAUUUUAGGUUCAAAAAAUGUAAUCAAAAAAACUAUUUUGGAAGAAUGAAACAAUAUAUGAAUGUAACAAUGCAAACAAAAUAAUACAAUUAGUCAUAAUGUGUUGCAUUGCAGUUUCGUACUCGACUCGGCCUACUAUUAGCCUAAAAUAUGCAUAUGUAAACAAAUUGUGGAUAUUUUUGGUCCGGAUGAAGCAUUUUCUAACUGUCAUAAACAAGAGAUUAAUAUAUAUGAAUACAAAAAUAAUAAUAAUAUAAUAAAAAUAAAAACAUUAUAUAAAUAAAUAUAAAAUAAAUAAAUAUAAAAUAAAUAUAAAAUAAAUAAAUAUAAAAUAAAUAAAUAUAAAAUAAAUAAAUACCGCUACUAAUAAUUUAUAAUAAAUAAAUAUAUAAAAAUAUAAAUAAAAAAAUAUUAACAAAAUGAUGUAAAACAAAAAUAUUAGUGAAACUAAACAUAGACAACGACUUAAAAAUAUCCAUCUCACCACAGUAGUAGUGACCCGAUAAGGACUUAAAGAGUCACCCUAACCGCUUUUCACUGUGAUAUGGCAACGAGAGAUCCGUCACCAUGCGUUCGUCUCCGUCGCCACUAAUUUAAAAAAAGUGACUCUAACGAGUACGACUGUGAAAAUAUGUUUUUAUUUUAACUGCCAGACUUUUCUUCACUGUCCUUGUCUCUCCAUAGCGAGCCAGCGUUUACAGUGGAACUCGGUUAGCCGCUUCACGCUAACUCCUAGAUGACAAAAAAAAAAAGUCACUUUGAUGUUGUAAAUGAUGGUUACUUUAACCGUACGGUACUGAGCAGCCAGGACACACAUACUGUAGCGUUGAAAGCGUUGCUAAAAGCUGAUUUAUACAGGUUGGUUAGAUGCUGGCUUCAGUCUCGUAUGUUUUAGUGCAACUUUGGGGGCUUAUUAUCCUCAGCAUGUUGGGGGGGGAGUUCCACUGGUUCCACUGUGCAUGCUGAUAUUGUGUCAUUUAGUGUGUUUGUCCUUUUAUCCCCCAUUUAUAAAUGUGAUAUUUUUAUCACAUUAAUAAAUGUGUCUUUUUCACUCAAUAAGAGACUUGGGGUUUCAACUUGAAUCUGUCACUCAAGUCGGCCGACAGCAAAAUUUUGUAUAUUUUCCUGAAUAUUGUGUGAAUUUUCCAGAAUAUUUCUGAGCGGGACAAAUAGACUUUUAGAGAACUAUCCUUUUUAAUGUGUGCAUUAUUAUUAUUAUUAUUAUUAUUAUUAUUAUUAUUGAGUGAUUUAUGUGCGCUUGUGGUUAUCUUCUCAGGAGAUCAAUCAAAAAUUUAGCAAGGUGUUGAUGGUGUUCGAACAAAAAAAAAAAUAAAGUGAUAGAUUGUCAUGCAAUUAAUUUGUGGUGUUUAUUAACAGUAAGUGAGAUUCCGUGUUCCAACGCUAGAUGGCGCCAACGUUCAGAUAAAGAAAAUCAUUCUUUCAGGUGUUUUGAAGUGCACUGCUUGGCUGCAACCAGCAGAGGCGCUAUUCAAGUGCUGCUGACUCUUGCUGUGGCACAAGUCCAGCUGGUGGCAUGGAAACAGGAGUUCAGAACAUUCAGUUAUAUUUGAUCUUUUAAGAAAUGUAGCCAGUCUCUCAGUGAUGUCUGCAGGUCGUCACAGCAGCAGGAAGCCAACCAGGAGAACCAGAAGCUUGCCAAGGACCGACGUCCCCUCGGUGGUCAAUGACGGAGCUCCUGGACAUCAGAGAGACACCAGAAUGACAACCAUGAAGGAAGUAGAAGACCUCCGUGAUCCACGGCUAGCAGAGGCCACAAAGCAUAGCGCUGAGGAGCUAGCAUCCUGAACGUCCACCAACCGCCACGCACGCACGCUCUCGUGCGGGAAGUCCAGCACGAGCACGCCGCACCGCGCCGAUGCCGCACGCCAAACAUCCAUCUCUCAAAGCUAUGACUUCAUUCUUGUGAUAUUACUUUUUUUUUUUCUUGGAAAUGUACUACCUUAUCCUCGUAAUUGUACAUUUCUGUUCUAGUAAAUGUACGACUUUUUUUUUUCUCAAAUCUAUGACUUCGAUAUUACGUUUUUUUUCUCAAAAAUGUACUACUUUGUUCUUGGAAUUUUUUUUUUCGCCUAA